GUACACACGAUGAAAAGAAGUUUAUGUAGAAAAAGAGAUUCCUAAAAGGUUGGUGAUUUCAAGUAGCAAAAACCUCAAGAAUCGAUCUGUUACUGUCAUCAUCAUCUUCACAAUCCAUCAUGCUUUCCGAUUUCUAAGUCAAUUCCAAGCAAUCAUGGUUUUGCACUUUUCUAGCCCUCAACAGUUGCGGAACUGAAGCCAAAAUGGAGAGUGGUGUAAAUGUUAAUAGUAAGGGUUCUUCGCAACAUGAGAUUUUGGAGGUGUUUAAGAGAGAGAUGGGGUUCAAUCCCCCAAGAAAGUUCUCUCGCCGAAUCUCUGCUUCCGAGGCUCUCGUAAAGAGAAUCGGACUUGCUGGUAAACUAGACGGCCAUGAGGGUUGUGUGAACACGAUUGAGUUCAACUAUUGUGGUCACCACCUUGUGUCGGGUUCUGAUGACAGACGAGUUAUGAUCUGGAACGUGGCAACUAGAUCCUUGGUCCUUUCAUAUGCUUCUGGUCAUGUAGAUAAUAUAUUCCAGGCUCGAUUUAUGCCCUUCACUCAUGACCGCACAAUAGUAACUUCUGCCGCUGAUGGCCAGGUCAGACUUGGUCAGGUAGCCGAAAAUGGUCAUGUGGAAACCAAAAAAUUGGGGAAACACCACGGCCGUGUUCACAAGCUUGCAGUUGAGCCUGGAAGUCCCCACAUAUUCUACAGCUGCGGUGAGGAUGGAUUAGUUCGGCAUUUUGAUUUGCGAAGUAAUUCUUCUACAAAGCUUUUCUGUUGCUCCUCAUUCACAGAAAACAACCAACACUCUUCCUCAAACAGCUUACGAUUAAACACCAUCGUCAUCGACCCAAGGAAUCCUAAUUAUUUUUCCGUAGGAGGUUCUGAUAAAUACGCACGCCUAUAUGACAUUAGGAGGUUUCAACUGCCUUCAAGCAAUUUGGAUCAACCUGUAAACACAUUUUGCCCAAAACAUCUGAUUGAGACUCAGGAUGUUCACAUCACUGGGAUGGCAUAUUCCGCCACAAGUGAACUUCUCGUCUCUUACAACGAUGAACUCAUCUACCUGUUUCAAAAGAAUAUGGGGUUAGGACCGGACCCCAUGGCAGUUUCACACGAAGAUUUGGAUAAUUUGGAAGAACCACAGACGUAUUCCGGGCAUAGGAAUUCACUGACAGUUAAAGGAGUAAGUUUCUUUGGGCCCAAUAGCGAAUAUGUCAUGAGUGGAUCAGAUUGUGGUCAUAUUUUUAUCUGGAACAAAAGAGGAGGCGGGCUUGUUCGUGUAAUGGAAGGUGAUCGUCGCAUAGUGAAUCAAGUCGAGUCCCAUCCGGACAUCCCGGUUCUUGCGUCCUCUGGAUUGGAGAAGAAUAUAAAGCUUUGGGUUCCCAUGUCUGAUGACAUUCUUCCCCUGCCUCAUGAUUUACAAGAGAUUGUGGAGUCGAACAGGCGAGGUCGGGAAGAUCACUCACGAGUUACGCUCACACCCGAUGUUAUUAUGCACGUUUUGCGGCUUCACAGGAGGCAAGCAUUGGCGUAUAUCGAAAGGCGUCACAAUAGAGAUGAUCUUGCAAGUGAUGACGAGGAAGAUGAAAAUGAUGCUUAUAUCUUGGGACUCCCCGAUGGCGAUGGUUCCAUCGAAGACGGAAACUCAAGCGAAUGUUGUUUUUGCAAGAAACAUAUUCCAUAUGAUACCAUAAAUAAAUAAAUAAAUAAAUGUGACAAAUAUUAUAAUCA